AUGCAUUUGUUCCUUGAACUGAAAUGUGCCUCAGUUUCAGUUGAGCUGCACGGUACAAAACGCAAAAAAGGGGGUUCGGGUCCUUCGGGAUGUUCGAGGACUUCGAGUACAAGUCCACUACAACCUCUUCAUGCAUCAUCGAAUAAUCCAGAACCUGAUGAAUUGGGCAAUGAGGACGCCACAUUUGAGAAAGAACACGUGGAAACAUUGAAUGCGCAUGGAGAAGAAGAAGGAGAAUCAGAUGAAAGGGAAAUGAUUGGCUUGGUGUCAUCAACUUCUACUUCAUCGCCUUCUUCGAAUGUCGAAAAUGUUUCGUCGAGUCAUCUCGCUGUGAUUUUUCCGUCGUCAUCACCACCAUUCGAUCAUCUCCUUUCCAUCAUCACCAUCAUCACCCUCGUCAUCACCAACUCUCCUCUCCAACAGGCCGCCGCCAUCGCCCCUCUGUCGCGUUUUUCCGGCGACCCUGAACUUCCGGCGACCUCUGGGCGCUGGCUGAAGAGCAAUUUGUACCUUAUGCAUGAACAGGAUAACAUGAACAGGACUCUUUUGUAA